ACAACCGGGUCGGCUAAAAGUGAGGCAUUGAUACGGACACCUUGGCUACUGUUCCCUACAUGUCGCCUUUCCCGCCCACUCCGGACUUCCCUUUCUCCGUCUCUCUGUCCCUCUUUGGCCCCUCUUAGCUUAUUUACUAUAUUAUAAACUAGCCUUCAUCAUCGCAGCCUCCACAACAAACCCAGAGAACCCACCAUCAAAAUCCUCUCUUAACCCCAAAAACCCAUUACUGUAUUUAUUUAUUGGGAAAUCCUUUGUUUUCUUCUUGUUGGAUGAUGAUGAUGAUGAUGGAGCUUCAACUUGGUCUUGCUCUCGCUCUUCCAACCAAUACUACUACUACUAAGGGUUUUGACCUAAAUAGCUACGCUUUCGAGCCUAAGGACACGGCUGCCAACCGCCAGCUAUUUACCACCACCACAAAACGCAGUUUUCGCGAUGCCUUCGAGGAGAUACCGAACGAAGUGGAACCUCGAACUCUGCCUCUUUUGCAUUGGAAUAACCAGCCUAAUGAAGACGAUGGCCCUCAUAACACUUUCCCUUUUGCCAGAGAUGAAGGAGAAGGUGAUGGAAUAGUAGGGUGGCCGCCGAUUAAGUUCCGGAGGACAAAGAUUAGUCAUCGGCGACAAAAUAGUCGAGUAGACAGCAAUCGGACGGUGGAUAAUGGGUGUGUAGAUUGUUAUGGUAGAGCGUCGAACUCAAUGUAUAUCAAAGUCAAGAUGGAAGGAGUAGCCAUAGGAAGAAAAAUUGACCUUAGCAUCUAUAGUUCUUUUCAACCUCUUAAACAAGCCUUGUUUGAGAUGUUUGGUAUAUGUGAGGAAAAUUCAGAUAACUAUAAACUGACUUACCAGGACAGGGAAGGUGACUGGCUACUGGCUGAUGAUGAUGUAUCUUGGAGAAGUUUCAUUCGUUCGGUCCAACGCCUAAAAUUGAUGAGGAGAGGAGCAGCGGCCGGCGGGUGACUCACAUGCAUGAGUUCGAGGCUUUUUGGAUGGCUCAAACUUUUGUGUAAUAUGCUAAUUAAACCUAUAAUUAGCUGCUUAAUUAAUUAAUAUUAAUAGACCCAAAUCAAAUAAGAGAUGCAUGUAAGGGGUUUCUCCUCGAUCUAAGCUAAGGUAUAUAUAGUUUGAAUUUUGAAUGACUGUAUGUAACAUUUAGUUAAAUGGACAACAAGCUAGUUAGCUACUGUCUUCCUCUAUAAAUAUAAGUUGUUUUGAAGA